GGCGGCUGGAAGCAUUUCUUUUUGUUGUCGCUGAGCCUUGUUUCCGUGGGUGUGAAGCGUGUCCGAGCUCGGGGAUAUGGUGGACAUCGUGUACCGGACCCGGUCACUCGGGGUGGCCGCGGUGGGCUUGCCAGACCAGUACGCGGACGGCAGAGCGGCCAAAGUCUGGCAGCUGUACAUUGGCGAUACUAGGAGCCGCACGGACGAGUACCGCAGCGCCGUCGUGCAACUGCUCCGACAGCAUCAGUGUCAACGGGUCCUGGACGUGGCGUGUGGUACCGGAGUGGAUUCCAUAAUGUUAGUGGAAGAAGGCUUCACCAUGGUGAGUGCAGAUGCCAGUGACAAAAUGCUGAAAUAUGCGUUAAAAGAGAGAUGGAACCGAAGGAAAGAAGAGGCGUUUGAUAAAUGGGUGAUCGAGGAAGCUAAUUGGUUGACCUUACCCAACGACAUCCAGAAGCCUGGUGAUGGAUUCGAUGCUGUAAUUUGUUUAGGAAAUUCAUUUGCGCACUUACCAGACUUCAAAGGUGACCAGAGUGACCAGAAGCGAGCCCUGAGAAAUAUUGCCAGCAUGGUAAAACCAGGUGGGAUUUUAAUCAUUGACCACAGGAACUAUGAUGCCAUCUUAGAUACUGGCGAAGCACCAAAAGGCAAAAAUAUUUAUUACAAGAGUGACCUCACCAAGGAUAUAAAUACUUCUGUGCUGUAUGUAAACAACAGGCCUCACAUGGUGACACUGGAUUAUACUAUUCAGGUUCCAAACAUGGACAGCAAUGAACAACCAGAUGUGAGCACCUUCCGCCUGUCCUACUAUCCUCACCGUGUGGAUGCCUUCACAGAGUUGCUGAAGAAUGCUUUCCAAGGUAAAUGUCAGCACAGCCUGUACAGUGACUUCAAACCCCACACGCCAGGCCAGGAUUACGUUCCAUGCUAUUUCAUCCACGUGGUGAAGAAGACUGGCUGAACAACUCUUUCUCAGGAGAGAUGAAGACUUUGUCACUGGGGAUGAUGGGGUUAGGCAAUAUGCAAUUACAAGAGCAAUGACAAAAAGGAAAUCCAUGGAGGGAAAGAAGAAGAUCGAAAUAGGAGGUGCAAAUCAUCAUUGUUAGCAGAUUGUAGGUUCAUGUCUUCUAUUUAGCAAUUGGUGUGGAUCAUGAUGGGAACGAUAAUCUGUAUAAUUACAUUGUAAUUUGUAAACGUCUGGCUGAAUGUGUCAACUGUUGUCCCUGUAUCAGACCCAGACCCAGACCCAAAGCUGUCAACAUUGACCAAAUAUUAGGAAUGGCAUUCGUGUUCAGGAAGAGUGACUGUAGACCAAACUGGUCCCUGUCUCCUGAAAAUGGCCCACAUCAGGUGAGUGGGCACCAAAAGCCUCUAAAGCCCCCCAGCACUGUGUCCAGGAGCAUUAAACUGUAAGGCCAGAAAGCAAAUGUAGGUGUGCACGCAUCCAUUGAGCCCAGUGCGAUCAGCCUGUUUACUCAAGGACCUUCCAUGUUUUACAUGGUUAAAGCAGCACAUGACAAGAGUGUCACAGCAAUUCUGCGGUUUUGCUUUUGUUGUCCUGUAAGUCGAGGGAAAAGUUUCAAGCCAGAGGCUAUUUGCAACCAGAAAACCUCACCUUUGACCUCCAGUCCACCUCAGAAAAGCAGGAGCAAUAUUCCUGAAUAAGUGGAGCUGUUUUGAAGGUGAUGUUUGAUUGGCUGUUGUAAGAAAUAAAAAUAUACGCAGCCGUAAACUUUACCAGCUCUAAUUGUGGGAGAGAUACAAAUGAGCAAAAGCCCGAUAACCCAUCUUCGUUCAUCCAUCCAGCAAAUAAUUCCACACAUCACCCAUUCAAUUGCUUCUUAACUGUUCCUGUGAAUGCUGACCCAACUAUCUCAUCUGAUAAUUCAUUCCCAAAUGUUACUCGGUAUUUAUAUGAUUAAUUUCAUAAUUUUAAUGUUAGUUUAUCAUUUGUUCCCCAAUCACUACCUUAACUGUUUCUAAGGUACCCCCUUUUCCAGUGAGGAAGCCAAGGUUUCUAUUGGAUUUUGUAGAAUCCCUACUGUGUGCAAAGAGUCCAUUCGGUCCAAUGAGUCUGCACCAAUCCUCUGAAGAGCACCCACCUAGACUCAGACCCAGCACUCCCAACCCUUGGCUAAUCCACCUAGCCUGCACAUCCCUGGACACUAUGGCUAAUUCAGCAUGGCCAAUCCACCUCACCUGCAUAUCUUUGGACUGUGGAAGGAAACCGGAGCACCUGCAUGAAACCCACUCAGAGGGGAGAGCGUGCAAACUCCACACAGAUAGUCAUCUGGUGCGGUGAGGUGGCAACGCUAACCACCGAGCCACCAUGUUGCCUGGAUUUACUUAUAAUUCGGUCCUUUGUCCCUUUGGAUCAAUUGUAAGUGUAUCCUUGAAAUAAAAACCUCCCUUUUGUCUUUGUGGUAAAGACAGUGCUUAAGGUUUGGCGUGGUCACCACAGACAAAGGCAGUGCAGCAUGGUAGCUUCCAGUUGACUGUAUGGGUUUUGCUGACCUGUCAACAAAGGAUCUGUCGACAGUAACAUUUCAGCACCCUUCCUAUUGUAGGGGAAUGUUUAAAAAUAUAAGAUUGCUGAGGUUUGCAGGGUCUUAAUGACAUUAUGCACUUUUUAAGCCUUUGACCAUGAUUAUUAUUAAUAUUAUUACUGUUUGUGGCUAACAAAAAGCACAGUGACAUCUCUCAGGCAUAUACUCUAAUGUGAUUCAUUGUUCACAAGUGAAUAUAUGUGCUAUAUAUAUAUAUCAGA